AUGAGUAAAGCUCAUCCACCAGAGUUGAAAAAGUAUAUGGAAAAGGUUUUAACAUUGAAGCUGAAUGGUAACAGAAAAGUAUCAGGUACUCUCAGAGGCUUUGACCCUUUUAUGAAUCUUGUUGUUGUUGAUGCUAUUGAAGAAACAAAAUCAGGAGAAAAGAGAAACAUUGGAAUGGUUGUCAUUUGUAAAGAAAAGCCUUACAAGUGUGAUGAUUGUCAGCUCCCUGAUUUACAGAGCCAACAUACAAUCCAUAAAGGAGAAAAAGCUUACAUGUGUAGGAAAUGUGAUGAGAGCAGAAUUCAGGAGGAAGAAAUUGAGGCUUUCUCUUCAUUUAGUGAUGAAGAGUGGUUGCCUCCAUGCAAAAAAGAUGCUAGUUUACGAAUCCACCAAAGAAUUUAUACUGGAGAAAAAUCUUUCAAGUGUAACAAAUGUGGUAAAUGUUUCGCUCGGGAUUAUAGUUUACGAACCCACCAAAGAAUUCAUACUGGAGAAAAACCUUAUAAGUGUGUAAAAUGUGGUAAGUGUUUUAAAGGAAGUGGUUCUUUAAUAAAACACAAUAAAUCUCAUUCAGGAGAAAAGCCGUAUAAGUGUGUGAAAUGUGGUAAAUGUUUCAUUGAUGAUGUCCAGUUAAAGCAACACUUUAAAAUUCAUAGAGGAGAAAAGCUUUACAAGUGUAACAAAUGUGGUAGAUGCUUCACAAGGGUUGGCAAUUUGAAUAUACACUAUAGAAUCCAUACAGGAGAAAAGCCUUUCAAGUGUGACAAAUGUGGUAGAUGCUUCACAAUGGUUGGGAAUUUUAAGAGACACUAUAGAAUCCAUACAGGAGAAAAGCCAUACAAGUGUGCUGAAUGUGGGAAGUGUUUCAUAGAAAGUUCACGUUUGAAGACACACCUUAACAUUCACACUAGCCAAAAAUCCUACCAGUGUGAUGAAUGUGGUCUUUGUUUUUUAAAGCUGAGCCACUUAAAGAAACACUUUAUAAUUCAUACAGAAGACAAGCCUUACAUGUGUGAGAAAUGUGGUAAAUUUUUUCACAAGCUUUGGGAUUUACAUAGGCACAGUUCUACAAUUCAUGGUAGAAAAAAGCCUUAUAAAUGUGACAAAUGUGAUAAAAGCUUCACACUGCUUUGUGAUGUACAAAAACACCUUGUAAUUCAUACAGGGGAAAAUCCUCACAAGUGUGACAAAUGUGAUAAAUGUUAUUUGAAGCUUGGCAUUUUAACGAGGCACCUUAGAGUUCAUACAGGAGAAAAGCCUUACAUGUGUGACAAAUGUGCUUUGCAUUUUACAGCAACACCUUUGGAUUCAUACAGGAGAAAAGCUGUAUGUGUGCCCAAUGUGGUCAAUCUUUCAUGCAAAUCUCUCCUACAUUUAAAGAAUCACCAUCAAAAACAAAAUCAUUCCACUUUAGACAAAUUUGCAGAAAAGCCUUACAAGUGUGCCCAAUGUGGUCAAUCUUACAUGCAAAUCUCACAUUUGCAGAACCACCAUCAAAAACAAAAUCAUUUCACUUUAGAUAAAUAUGGUAAUAGUGUUUUGAAGCUUUGCCAAUUGAAAAAGGACCUAAAAAUUCGUACAGGAGAAAAGUCUUUAUUUUAA